AUGUCUAAGCUGAAUUCGGGUCCCGUCAAGGCGUUUAAUGUUAUGAAGACUUGUUUUGGCGGUUCUGAAGAUGUGGGUGCAAGUAAAGUUAAAUUUAAGAACUAUAAAAGAUACUCUAUGGUGUUUAUACCGUUCACUGGUAUAGACAAUCAUCACUGCAAUGUUACAUUUGGUGCAGCAUUAUUGGCGUCGGAAACUGCUGAUACGUAUAUUUGGUUGUUAAGAGUUUUUCUAAAAGCUGUUGGUUCUCAACCAAAAGUUGUUAUCAAUGACCAAGAUCCAACAAUGAAGAAGGCUAUUUCUGUUGUAUUUGUUGACAUGAGGCAUCGGUUAUACAUGUGGCAUGUGAUGCAUAAACUUUCUCUGAAGGUUGGUGUUAGGCUAUGCAAUUCCACCAAUUUCAAAGAACGUAUUUAUGGUGUUGUGUGGACGGAUAUUCUCACACCUGAAGAGUUUAAAUCAGAAUGGGAAGCAGUUAUCGCAGAGUUUAAUUUAGCAGAUAAUGACUGGCUAUCUGAUAUUUUUGCACUUAGGGAAUCUUGGAUCCUUACAUACUAUAGAAUGGCAGAGAUGUCGGGUCUUAUGCGAACGACAUCGAGGAACAGAAAAUGUCGCCACGAUUCAGAAGAGGAGGAUGAGGCAAGGCGCCAUUCACCAGCCAUGACCAUGAAGCCGGACCUUCCCACCGGCGAACCCCUUCUGUUACCAUGA